UCUUAUUGCUUUGUUGCGACUUUGCUGUCAACGCUCCGUAACGCUUCCUGUACACAACUCCCCGCGUCGACGACGGCGACUUGACGACAGAAUGUCUGCACCUGCUGCGGCUCCUUCAGCGCAGGAGGUUCAACGAAAGCUCUCUGUCCACUCUGCUGCCAAAAGUCCUAAACCCCAAAGCAUUUCGGUUGCCGCUGUCUCUGGAACAGAUUCGGAUUCGGAUUCCAUUUUAACCCCAGAUGUACACUCAAUAUCGUCUUCUGGACUGGUCACUGGCGUUACUGGCUCAGUUCACGGCUCGGCCCUUACCCAGGCCCCUCUUUCUGCCAUUGCUGAAAGGAGGUCUAAUAGCGGGGAAGAUACCGAGGAUGAAGAUGAUGAGGAAGAGGGAGGCUGGAAAUCUGCUAACAGUAGGGUGGGCACUCAUGAUUCCGUUGACGAAAGUGUCAUCAAGGCCGGCUAUUUAUGGAAGAAAGGCGAGCGAAGAAAGACAUGGAAAAAGCGGUGGUUCGUCCUACGACCGACUCAACUAGCUUACUACAAGACGAACGCCGAAUACCAGCUACUUCGCCUUUUGGAACUAUCAGAUGUCCAUUCCUGCACACAAGUCUCGUUGAAGAAACACGAAAACACAUUUGGGCUCGUCUCGCCUGUGCGAACCUUCUAUCUGCAGGCUGAAUCACCGGGCGAUGUUCAGGAAUGGAUCACCACCAUCGAUGAAGCCAGACAAACUCUUCUUGCCACAACAACUCCAAACUCGGUUUCUAGUCCUAUCCCUAUACCCAAAAUGCAAGACCGAUCCAGCAAUGUCUCUCCGCCAAUGAUAACACCUUCUCCACCCUCAUAUCCCAAUUAUGCCCAAAAUGCACCUUCUUCAGACUCGGAAGAUGCCUCUCCUGUAGGUCAAAGGACUUACUCGGUAUCUUCACAACAUCGUUCUAGUAUCACUUCUUCACCGUCGAAAAUCCCAACUGGAACGGUAAAGGAUCCAACGAAGAGUGUUCUUUCUGGCUACCUCAUGAAGUGUGGAUCGAAGCGGCGGAAUUGGCGUAAACGUUGGUUUGUUCUUUCCGGUGAAAAAUUAGUAUACUACACGAGCCACAUGGAUGCAAAACCUCACCGACAAUUUCAGUUGACGGAGAUUCUGGACGCUCUCGAAUACGACUUGCCUGCUCAUCGACAACCGCUCGCAACGUCGCCUCCCAUACCAGCCUCGAUGGAGCCAGAUGACGAUCACAGUGAUCAUACUUUCAAGAUUGUUACGACCAAACGAACACUGCUUCUUUGUGCGCCGAACGAGGAGGACGAAAUCAAGUGGCUAGGCGCGAUACGAGCACUAAUUGCUCGUAGAUCUGGUUCCGGUGUUGUCCCUGGUGAGACUACGAAGAUUCCUGCCGUCACAGCAUCCAUAAGCCCGAAUGGUUCCGGAUUUACGUCUGGUUCGAGUGGGGGUAUCAAAGGCAAGGUUCGAAGGGUGAGCGUGAGUGGUUCCGGGGUAAACCCUGGCAUCAUAAUUGAAGAAGGGAGUCAGAAUUAGUCUUGGUUGGAGAAAUUGCAAACGUUUUCCCACUCGUCCUCUCUGUUUUUCCGAGUCGCUCAUCUUUCCUUGCUAUUUUUAUUUGCUGCGAAGACAAGACAUCAAGAUGGACACUGCGUUCCCUUUACUUCGGAACACCCAUUUUUGGUUGCAUCCAUACAUAUGCUGAUUUCCUAAAUUGUUCAUACUACUCUUUGGCUUGGGGACUGUGGAUAGAAUGCUUUCCGCUGUUGUAGUUGUUGCAAUGGAGAUGUCUGAUCUGUAGUAGUAUCGAUCAGGCAAGUCUUAUGUUGGUGCC